CGGGCUGCGCGUGCGCGGGGGCGUGGCGGCGGCGGGGGCGCGGCUGCCGCUCAGAUCCUGCCCCGCGCGCGGGCGGGCGGUGUCGCCGGUCGCGACAGAGCUGAAGAAACAAAUUAAUCUACAUGUGCUUCACUGUCCAUUGGAAGAAUGACAGAUGACAAAGAUGUACUUCGAGAUGUGUGGUUUGGGCGAAUACCGACCUGUUUCACUCUGUAUCAGGAUGAGAUAACUGAAAGGGAAGCUGACCCCUACUAUUUGCUUUUGCCAAGGAUAAGCUACUUGACACUGGUAACAGACAAAGUGAAGAAGCACUUUCAGAAAGUUAUGAGACAGGAGGAAGUUAGUGAAAUAUGGUUUGAAUACGAAGGUACACCACUGAAAUGGCAUUACCCAAUUGGUUUACUCUUUGAUCUCCAUGCAUCAAAUACAGCCCUUCCUUGGAGCAUCACAGUGCAUUUCAAGAAAGUUGUUGAGCUUUUAUUUUUCCUGAAACAUUUUCACUGCAACCUGUUUCUUGUCAGCAGAGUGAGAGGAUGGUUGUUACAUUCUUCUAAUUUUCCAGAAAAGGAUCUUCUACACUGCCAUUCUAAGGAUGUGAUUGAAGCUCAUUUUAUGGCUUGUAUAAAAGAAGCAGAUGCUUUAAAGCACAAAAGUCAAGUCAUCAAUGAAAUGCAAAAAAAGGAUCAUAAGCAAUUGUGGAUGGGAUUACAGAAUGAUAAAUUUGAGCAGUUUUGGGCAAUAAAUCGAAAACUCAUGGAGUAUCCUCCAGAAGAUAAUGGAUUUCGAUACAUCCCAUUUAGAAUUUAUCAGGCAACAACAGAGAGACCUUUUAUACAGAAGCUAUUUCGACCAAUUGCUUCAGGAGGACAGUUGCAUACCUUGGGAGACCUGCUAAAAGAUGUGUGUCCUAGUGCUAUCGCCACUGAAGAUGGAGAGCAGAAGACUCAAGUGAUGAUUCAUGGAAUUGAGCCAAUGCUGGAAACACCCAUUCAGUGGCUAAGCGAACAUAUGAGCUAUCCAGAUAAUUUUCUCCACAUUAGUAUCAUUCCCCGACCUACUGAUUGAAACUCAGCUGUAUUCCUAUGAGGAUCAUUCUCAAGCUGGAAUUCUAAGGGCAUGUCAACUUCUUGCUUCUGUCAGUCUUGACAGAGGCAGCCUGACCAGAAAAAAAGAAACCAACAAAAAGCCGAAACAAAACAAGAAGUCCUCACUGCUGUAAGCCAAACAGGAAGAGAGAUCCUAUCAUCAGAUAAGGGCAAUUGGGCUGAUCUUAUUUUGCAUCACUGCUGCGUUUGUUCACUGCUGUAAUUAAAUCAGUUGCGAUAUGAAAGAAUUUACAGGACUUCUGCAAGUCUGCUGUUUUCUUGUAAAAUAUAAUGAAGCUGAAACUGUCAGCUGAGGAGCAAAUGGAAAUAUGCCACUUGAUUGUAUUUCUGAUUAACAAAUAAACAGGGCUGUUUCCUAAAGAGGUAGUGUUUCAGCUUUGAGGGUGGAAACAUUGGUUUAAUUUUCUAGAAAGUUAGACACUGAGAGAUUUGGUUACCAAUAGCUUUUUGUAAAAGAUCAAAUUACUGUAAAUCCAUCUUUCCUUAAUGAGAAGUUCAUGUUUACAGUAUAUGUAUUGGUAUGCAAAUGAUCUUUUAACUUUGAUAACAAGCAGUGAGAGAUUUUAAAGUAAGCCCGUGAGCAUGUUUUGUCAGUUAAGAACAUGCACAACUUAAUAAUUACAAAUACUCUUGAUUUGUAUGCUGUCACUGAAUACUCCAGUGUGUUUAUUAUUCAAAACAGUUUUCAUAGACUAGCAAUGAUGUAGGAUAAUUUGUCUCAGGAUUCAUCAUGGCAUUUCUUUGUGCUCAUCUAGGUUUUUUUUCUUUAAGAAUAUAUUUUCUUAAUUUACUUUAAAAAGUUUUUUUUUUUAAAAAGCUACAUGGAUGUUGCAAACAGGAUUGGAUCCUGCUGUUUAUUCCCAUAGACUAGGAAAUCGUAGAAUGAUGAACAGAUUGCUUUUUAAUGAUUUUGAAUUUUGGAAAGCUGAGGCUUUUCCAAGCUAAUACUUUCUUACAUCUGUGAUCCCUGUGCAAUCAGUCCACAAUUUAGAGGCUUCUAAUGUCAUUGCACAGAUUUUUUUCUUAGUGUAGCAGAUGUAUUUUUAGGUUAUUGGAUCAUUUUGGUUUCUAAAUGUUCAUUACCAUUGCAGAUGCUACUCAAACUCUACCAAUUUUUUUUUCUGUUGCACUAAAUUCAUCCAACUCUGUGCUCUAUUGCUUUGUCUGCAGUUUGUGGCUGUUUGUGGCACAAAACUAUGUUUAUAGUAGACAUAUUAUCCAAUCUGUCAAAUAUUAUCCAAUAUAAAGAAAGCAUGACAUUUUUCUUUCAAAAAUAGAGGCUGUCGAAGCUCCUACUCACAGUCUUGGCUUGUAAAUGUCCCAGUAAUUCCCAGUGAUGUUCCCAUUUGUUCCCAUGCUCCCUUUAGGGCAGGAUACUUACCUGUAUCUGAAAAAGAAGAAAAUGAAAAUCAGCCAAAUGAACAAAAACCUCUUUCUGGAGCAAGAGGGGGAGGAUCUCCAUGGGUGAGGAUAGGGUUGAGGCUAAGAAGAGCCCUGAGGGCAGAAAAAAUCUGUAGACAGAUUAAAUACUGUUUUAAAUGUUAAUGAGGAAAAUAGCAUUAAGGAAGUGGAGGGGUAAAGGUACUAAUGAAACAAACCUCUGCUGUAUUCUGCAGGACAUGAAGAAUUUUUAAAACAAAACAAACCAUGCUGGUCUGUGUUUAUGCAGAAUUGAAAUAUAAUAUUCUUAUGGUGGGAUGAUUUGGUUAAGUUAUUCUAAUUUCCAGUUCUGUUUGGAAUUUUUGUUACAGUGUUGGAUUGGCAUUUAUAAACUUCCUUAGGCACACAUAUCUAAAUAUUUUGGAGAUUUUCAAAGUCCUGCCAAUGGAUAAAGCAAAUAUUUUGUAGAGUCUUCAUAUUUAAAAAAAAAAUCUUUUGUAGGGAUAAUUUUUCCAUUAAUCAGGAUAAGAGGCAAUACAUUUCAAAAACUGUAGAGAUUGUGUUUCCUUUGUUUUAAGAUAAUCUGGAGUGAGUCACUGGCUAUUUUAAUAUAUUCUACACCAGCAUUUUAAGUAUACAGCUCUUCUUAUGGCCCGUAUUUGCCAGUAAAUCUGACUUUAAGGCCUAGCAUGGAACAAAGAAAUAGCUUGGCUUUAAAACGUACUCUUUCCUCUUACUUUAACUAUUUAAACUUUAUUAAAAAAUAAAACAAA